AUCAGCUGACUGCCGCGAGGAAGCGGCCGCGGCUGAGGCCUCGGCAGAGGCAGUGAAUGAAAGGCACCUCCAAAGCACGUCCCCACUGCUUGCCCCAAGCCCUGCAGCUAGGUAGCCCGCCCCGUACCCCGCGCCCUCCUUGCUUGCAGCUGGUGUGGUGACAGCGAUGGCAGGGGCCGUGGUAAACGGAGCUCAAGUAUCUUUUAUUGGCCAAGACUGUGAAGAAAUUCCCGAAUUUAUAGGAAGAAAAUAUGGGCAUAUGGCAAAAAGACUAGACCUUAGUUUCAACUUGCUAAGGUCACUAGAAGGACUGAAAACAUUCAGUUGCCUGGAAGAGCUGAUCUUGGACAACAAUCUCCUCGGAAAUGACCUUCUGUUACCCAGGUUACCCCACCUCCAUACCUUAACGCUCAACAAGAACCAAAUAACAGAAUUAGAAGGCCUAUUGGAUCAUUUGGCUGAAGUUGUGCCUGCCCUGCAGUACCUCAGUUUACUGGGAAACAUGGCAUGCCCAAAUGAACUGGUCAGCAAGGAGAAGGAUGAGGGUGACUACCAGAGGUACAGGUAUUUUGUUCUGCACAAAUUAACCAACCUGAAAUUCCUUGAUACUCGGAAAGUAACCAGAAGUGAGCGUGAGGAAGCCUUGGUAAGAGGUGCCUUUAUGAAAGUGAUUAAACCCAUGGAUGCUCAGGCCCCCAGUGAUGCUGCUUCUCCAGAGAUGCACUAUACUCCUCUGCCUUCAGGAUCCAGGGACCUCACUAAUCACAGAGGUGUUCUAGGAAAAUGUCGCUACGUUUACUAUGGGAAGCAUUCAGAAGGCAACAGAUUCAUCCGAGAUGACCAGCUCUAAAAUGCAACACCAUUCUGUGCCACUUCAAACUAUCCACAUUCAUGCACACAAAAAGCACAAAUUGCAUCUACAUUUUAAGCAUGCAACUAAAGUCCUCCAGUACCUUCUGCUGACUUUGCCAAGCCUGUCAAGAUCAUCCUUCUGUCUUAGUCUGAGUAGUCACACAGAGAUUGACAUGAUUGCCUUUAAGCAGGUCCCAUCCACCAGUGUGACAGACAGCUGCAGCCAAGCACCAGGCCUGACAGGAUGAACACCAUGAUGGAUUGCCUGGUCCAAUUGCUGCUCACAGAAGAGCAAAGGUCACACCUGGGGCUUCACUGAGCAUGCUCAGUUGGUUUUUAGCAAGAGCAAUGCUUUUAUCUAAAGCUCGCCUGUUGAGUGAGAGAAGCUGGCAGUAUCAAUAUGUUUAUAAAAGCAAUAGCUGUAAUUUAAGAUUAAAAAAACCCUUAUCUGUUCAUAUUUCCCCCCAUGAAUUAAAUACUUAAAUUUCUUAGACAGACACGCACACAAUCCUCUUCAAGCUUUAUAUGAGAAUUAAAAGUUUGUGGGGGGUGUAUGCAGUCAGUAAUGUCAUAUUUAAAUAUUUCUCAAAAUGCACAACCCUAUGAAUUUGUUUUUUUAAUUUAAGAAGUAUCGGAGCAAUUUAACAGAUUCAGCUGAACCUAGGAAUCUUUCUUUUGAUUAGAAUCUCAAGAUUUAAUAAAUCUUAACAUUCAGAAAAGGAGAUCAUAUUUAAUGCUGCAGAACAGGUAACACAGAGGACCCCCUGUUUAACUGCAUUUCUUUG